AUAAUGUUAAGUGUCCUUCAAAUAAAAGCUCAUACAAUGACAAUGUACCCGGUUCAUAAUAACCUAUAAGCAACCUAAUUUCUGGUUAACUUCUUCUAUUACUGUGUAUGUGUGGGCCUAACAAAGUGGUCCACCCCUUGGCACAAAUUUUUUUUUGAGUACAAACCAAAAAGCAGGAAAAGUGGCAAAAGUGGUCACAGGAAUUGGGGCGGGUAUCUCUUUUGAAAACAUGGCAGAAAAAAAUCGAGUAAGAAACCCAGGUUCCUAUUUAACAGCGUAACCGUCCCACUAACUGCUAGAACUCUCAAAACUCUCACUAUGCACUUCACUUCUGCUCUUUAUCUUCUCUGAAGACUAAUAAAGCUUCACCACCAAAUCAAGAGAGUUCCAAACACCAAAACAAACAAAAGCAAAUUAUGAAGUGGGGUGGGAAAAAACCUUCUCUUUCUUCUUCUUCUUCUAGGUCUUCUUCUUUCAUAUCUCAUGUAUCUCCUUUUUCAUGGCUUUCCAAGUUCAAGCAGAUGAGAAUCAACUCAGAGCAGCCAAAACCUGGCACGCUGAAGCAGAAUGCAAGGCAUAAUUCAACUCCAUCUAAUAAUAUUUCACCCCAUUAUGCUGAUAUAAAUAGAGGCAGGUUUUAUGGAGGGGAUGAUGAUGAGGCUUUCUGGAGACUCUCAUUUGGUGAAGAGGGUGGUAAUGAGCAUAGGAAAAGUGAAGAAGAUAUUCUGAAAGUGAAACCAGUAAAGUACAAUUUGGAUGUUGAACAUGCCAUUCCAUCCUCAAGCGGACUGAAUAAUGCUAAGAGAAAAGGUAGUAGAAAAGAAGGCACUCAGAAGAUGAAGCAGAAGGACACUACUGGAAUGAGAGAAGAAACGAAAAUUCUGAAUGAAGCAGCAAAGAGUGUGAAGGAACUAGAAUCCUUAAGGAGGAGAUAUGAGAGGAAAGCACAAAGAGUUUUGCAAGAGCAGCUCUUGAAACUGGAAAAGGCAGAAGAGGAAGCUGAGUUUGCAUCAAGUCCAUUCUUGGAAAAUGAUGUGCUGCAGUUUGAGUCACCAAGAACAAUUUGCACACCAAGAAAGCAUUUUUUUGUAGAUUCAAAGGAUUCUGGCCUUGAAAGUUUCAGAGAAGCUCGUGUGUGUAGUCCUCAAUUGUGUUCUGAGUGGCAUAAUUUGAAACAAAGUGAGGGGUUGAAAUUGAAACCAAAGAGUAGCCAACAAAGGCAAUCUCUUCAUGUUAGCAGAGAAAACCAGAGGAGGAAACCAAAGCACAACAACAAGGUUAGAGUGUAUUCUCCAAGGAUGGGUUCCAAGGUCGAAGUCCGCAAAAUAAAGGCCAUGGAAGAGAAGAAGAAAGCAAAACUGAAGAUGAAGAAAGAAGAGGAAAUUGUGGAGGAAACAGAAGAAGGGUUAGAUAGCUUUGCUGUGGUGAAAUGUUCUUUGGAUCCACAGAAGGAUUUCAGAGAUUCAAUGAUUGAGAUGAUCACAGAGAAACAGAUCAGCGAGCCAGAAGAAAUGGAAGAUCUGUUAGCAUGCUAUCUGACUUUGAAUUCCAGUGAGUACCAUGAUCUCAUCAUCCAAGUGUUCAAGCAAGUAUGGUUGUGUAUGAGCCAAGCCAGUUCGUGUAUUCAAUCAGACAAGCAAUGUUGUUGUUGUGAUUAACAACAUAAAUGUUUAGCUUGUAGGAAAACAUUGGCGGAAAUUGUAAAUAGUUCAUCUUGUUCUAGUUAUGCUUUAUUAGCUUCGAUUGAAUUUCUCUCUUCUCUUCACAUCUUUUGUAUAAAAUUCAAGAGAAGUUGCAUCAAGAUCUCGACAAACUUCAUA